AAUGGUAAGAUGGCCCAUUAGCUCAGUUGGUUAGAGCGUCGUGCUAAUAACGCGAAGGUCGUGGGUUCGAUCCCCCCAUGGGCCACACUCUUUUUGCUUUUUUCACGUUAAUAGCCACUACUCUUUUGCUCCGUCAGACACAGAAAUAUUGCCUUUUAGACCCUAAAAUGUUUUUCUCAAUCAAAAAUUGAAAAUAUCUUCUCAAAUCGUAUAGAAAUCAAUUUAAAAAUCUCAUGUUAACAAUUAUAUUUAUGAAUUUGUACGAAAUGUCACGUUUUUCCUCAUUGCUCCAGUUGGUGGCGCUGCGGACGCCAUGCGGGACUAUCCCCUCUCCUUUCUCCAAUACUCCAGUUUAGUUCAAUUUCUGUAGCGCAAAUUGUCGGACUGAAGAGGCUCUGCUUUUGAUAAUCUAAUUUGCUGAACAAAGUGAUCCAUUGGAAAAACAGUGCGGCUCAAUUGAUAGUCCAGCACGUGCACUUUGAGAUAGUGGAGAGUGUGACGAACUGCAUGAGCAUGGAAGAUGACUAUCAGGUCAAGAGAUUCGCCUUUGACUACGAUAUGGAAGUCGACCAAUACACACCAAAGAUAGGCAGCACUGAUUCAUCGAAUUUGCCUAUCGGUGCCGGUCAUACGAACAAGCAAGAUGGUAUUCAUGGAAAUCUGCCCAACGAGAUAUCAGCUCCCUACGAAGUGCCCCAGUUUCCCAUUGAGCAGAUUGAGAAGAAGCUGCAAAUUCAGCGGCAUAUCAAUGUUAUGGCCAUGGAGGACAAGCACGGAGUACCAACAGAGGUCACAACGAAGUCUGAGGAAACGGUCACGGACAGUGCGGCGGAUCUAGUGCCCAAUUUCCAGCGGGUUUCAAUUUCUGGAGAGGACACCAGCGGAGUGCCGCUGGAGGAUCUUGAGCACGCGUCGAAGCUUAUUGUGGAGGCUAUCAAUAUGAGGCAGAAGUACAUGGAUUGGUCCAAUCAAUCGUUCCCAGUGACGCUAUCGCGCUAUGUGGAGGCCAAGGGACACAUUGUGCUCCAUGAGGAGAAGAUGACCAUCGCAGUUCAUCAGAACCAUCAAGAAGAGUCAACAGAUCAUCCCGUACAUGCGAUGCCCGCCUCGGAUCCAUGGGCCAUUGAGACGCCACCAGCCAAAGGGUACACGAUCAAGGCAGUGAAUGGAGUGUUUAAUCUCUUCCGUGACCCGGAAUGCACGCAGAAUCUGGAUUAUCCCUAUCCCAAGUUGCAGCAAUACAUUCAGGAUAUGCAGACUAUGUGUGCCAUGAUCGCCGAUGGACCUCUCAAGUCGUUCUGCUAUCGUAGAUUGAGCUACUUGUACUCCAAAUUCCAGCUUCAUGUUCUCCUCAAUGAGCUGAGAGAGCUUGCCUCGCAGAAGGCAGUUCCCCAUCGAGAUUUUUACAAUAUAAGAAAAGUGGACACUCAUAUUCAUGCCGCUUCGUGUAUGAACCAGAAACAUUUGCUGCGCUUCAUCAAGAAGACCCUGAAGACAAACGCCGACGAGGUUGUGACAGUGACUAAGGGCCAACCGAUGACACUGCAACAGGUGUUCCAGUCAAUGAAUCUGACCACUUAUGAUCUCACCGUGGAUAUGCUGGACGUCCACGCGGAUCGCAACACCUUCCAUCGCUUCGAUAAAUUUAAUGCCAAGUAUAAUCCUAUCGGAGAGUCGCGUCUUCGUGAGGUGUUCCUCAAGACGGACAACUACUUGAAUGGGAAGUACUUUGCGCAGAUCAUCAAGGAAGUGGCUAGUGACUUGGAGGAGUCUAAGUACCAGAAUGCUGAACUCAGACUGUCUAUCUAUGGAAAGUCACGCGAUGAGUGGGAUAAAUUGGCCAAAUGGGCAAUCAAUUCUAAUGUCUACUCGGAUAAUAUUCGCUGGCUAAUCCAGAUUCCGAGGCUCUUUGACAUCUUCAAGACGAACAAAUUGAUGAACUCUUUUCAGGAGUUUAUUGAUAAUAUCUUCGCACCGCUGUUUGAGGUGACUAACAAUCCAGAAGAACAUCCAGAACUACACAAAUUCCUGCAAUACGUCAUUGGCUUUGACUCAGUGGACGAUGAGUCGAAGCCGGAAAAUCCCCUGCUGGAUUAUGACAUCCCAGAGCCUGCACAGUGGACAGAUGAGGAUAAUCCACCUUAUGCUUACUAUCUGUACUACAUGUAUGCCAAUAUGACGGUGCUGAAUCACUUCCGCAAGGAGCAGGGCAUGAACACAUUGGUGUUGAGACCUCACUGUGGAGAGGCAGGACCUGUGCAACACCUGGUUUGUGGCUUCAUUAUGGCGGAGAACAUUUCGCACGGACUACUACUGCGAAAGGUGCCUGUCUUACAAUAUUUGUACUAUUUAGGACAGAUUGGUAUCGCCAUGUCACCCUUGUCGAACAAUUCACUCUUCUUGAACUACCAUCGCAAUCCGUUGCCUGAGUACUUGGCACGUGGACUGUGUGUGUCUCUCAGUACGGACGAUCCGCUGCAGUUCCACUUCACUAAGGAGCCUCUAAUGGAGGAGUACAGCAUUGCGACGCAGGUGUGGAAGCUCAGCUCCUGCGACAUGAGCGAAUUGGCGCGCAAUAGUGUGUUCAUGAGUGGAUUUCCACACAAGAUGAAGCAGCACUGGCUGGGGCCAAAUUAUACACAGGAAGGAGUGGCAGGAAACGAUGUCACACGCACCAACGUGCCAGAUAUUCGUGUCGCCUUCCGCCAUGAGACGCUCUCAGAUGAGUUGAACAACAUCUUCAACACCAUCAAGGGCAAGAGGCAAUAAGCAGGAUCUUCUCCUGGUCAUAUCUCUCUAUAUAUAUAGGACGAGGAGAGAGCAGGAUUUGGUCACUAGUCUUCCUCUUCAGGAGCAUCUCACCUACUCUCCCUCACAUUUAUGUGUUGUGCUACUUGGCUGUUCCCUCAAAUCUCAUGGUAAAGAGUGGCUUAUGCAGCUUCUGGGCAGGACAAAAUUACAUAUAUAUCUAUAUAUCCAAGCACAUUAUGUGAAUUUGUCACAUCUCUUACAUUGAGAGGCAAAUACUACCAUUCACAAGAAGGUGCAAUAAAUCAACCAUUUAAUUGUUACACUGUUUUUAGUAUAUAUUUAAAUAGAUGAUGAGAGUAUCGUUAGUCGUUUACACACCCUGACUUCUAAUAAAGAUGUGAAAAUGA